CAAUAUAUGGAAGUUAUCAAGUAAUGUUAAGCUAGUAAGCAGCAACAAUCACCCAGGGUGCAAAGGAGGCCUCUGGCCUGAGGCUCCCCCCUCCCCCCCAGUAACCCUUCCUUUUCCCUGCCCACAGAAGGGCCGACUGCCCGGUUUCCUAGUGGGCGAGACGAGCAGUCACACAACGAGGAAGGAGAGACUGAAGGCAGCAGCCAGUACAGAAGAGGAUGGAUUUCCAGCAGCUGGCUGACGUUGCGGAUAAAUGGUGCUCCAACACACCCUUCGAGCUUAUUGCCACGGAGGAGACCGAGAGGAGGAUGGAUUUCUACGCAGAUCCAGGCAUUUCUUUUUAUGUCUUGUGCCCGGAGAACGGAUGCGAAGACAAUUUUCAUGUCUGGAGUGAAAGUGAGGACUGCUUGCCUUUUCUUCAGUUGGCUCAGGACUACAUAUCUUCUUGUGGUAAAAAGACACUACAUGAAAUUCUGGAAAAAGUCUUCAAAUCAUUUAGACCUCUAUUGGGGCUUCCAGAUGUAGACGAUGCAUUCGAAGAAUAUCAUGCAGAUGUGGAAGAAGACGAGGCCGAAGCUGAUCCCCAGCAGAUGGGUGUCAGUCAGCAGUAAUAUUCAGAGGAAUUAAUAUAUAUAUUAUCUUACCAGGUUUCCCUUUCUAUCAGUCUAUUUGACAAUGAAUAGCGGUAUUGCUGCACUUCAAAGACCUCAGUUUUCAAAUUUGACUUAAUGUUUGUUUAGUUUUGAUUGACUUUAUAUUUUAUUUGUAAUACAUGUAUUGAUCCAAGCACAAAGACAUGGAAAAAGAAAAGCACCUCUAUUACAAGAAUGAAUGAACAACUUUCAACUAUUAUCCAGGCUGGUAGAGGAUUGCUAGAAUUGUCCUUCAACAAAUAAGUGCAUUAAAGUUACAAAGUGCAAUAAAAACUUUUGAAUAUUUAUGCAUACAAAGAUUCUCUUUAUGUAUCUGAAUGUUUUAAUAAGAUGCCAUAAUACAGAGAUCAGUUAUCUCAGUGUAACUAGAUACAUACUUGUUUAAUUAGAAUCCAAAAUACAUUGUGUUUCAAGUUUAUAACAUUAAGGAAGAGAGGCAGGUUUUCAUGAUUUUGUUGGCAUCUUAAUUUGUAUUUUAGGAAUUGUAGUUCUGCAACAUUUGGAGGGCUAUAGAUUCCUUUUUUUAAAAGGAUUCUUUAGUGUGAUUAUUAUUAUUUAGAGAUUACAAAUUUGUAAAAUAUAUUGCAAAAGAAAGAUAUUGGUUAACCUGCUUAAAAUUACCGACACUCACUUUCUUUAAAGGGGAAUGACUAAAGAGGAACAGCUGAGGGUGAUAGCUUAAUAAGAAAAAAACAAUCGAUAACCAAGAUCAUUGUAGUUUUAGGUGUCUGGACAAACCUGUUAUUUUGUUGACAGUAUAGGUUCGAUCAGCUACAUUAUGUUUUCUCAACCUUUUGGGAUUUGUAAUUUGAUUACAAAAAUAACAAAUUUAUUCAAUAAAAAUGAGAUGGAUGGGGAUAAUAGUUGGAUGUUUUGCAUAAUGUAAAGCUGCAUUUACUCUGUCAGUGGUGGCGAACCUUUUCGGCACCAAGUACUGAAACGGGAGCAUGAGCAUGUAUGCCAGAAACUGGAAGAGCAGCCGCGCAGUGUGUAUGUGCAAGCCAGGAAGAUGAUCUUCCAGUUUCCGG